AGGUAUGAGGUUUCCGUUUUCUCCACAUCCUCACACUUGUCAUUUCUGUUUUUUGGUUAUAGCCAGUCUAGUGGGUAUGAAAUGGUACCUCAUUGUGGUUUUGAUUUGCCUGAGAAGCUCCCGUGUAGAACAGGGUAAAGAAGUGGUGAUGAUGCAAAUCAAAUUCCUAACUAAACAUAGACUUUUUUUUUAAGCUAAUGAAGUUAUUUAAUAUAAGUUGUUUUCCAUUUUGUUUCUGUGGCUGAAUUGCAUACGCAGUCUAAAGUACAUAGGUCAUAGAUACCUUAGGGAAGUACCAAUAAAACUCUGACAUUUCAACAAUUAAAUGAAAACAUUUUAGGUAAGAAUAUUCAUCCCAUUCAAAAUGUAUGGAAAAAUUUGCACUCUAUUCCCUGCAUUUCCUCCCCAAAUAAAGCCUUUUGCUGUAUUUGUAUCAUGAACUUACUUGGCUUCUAAUAUAAAUUAAUAUAUUAUAACUGGCUACCUAAGCCUGACUAGUUCCUACAGCAGCUGUCCCUCUACCCUUCCCUCCUUCCCCCUCUCCCUCUUGUGCUCUCUCUCUUUCCAUCUGACUUUGCUUGUCAUUUCCUUCACCUCCUCCUGCUGCUUCUUUCUCCAACUAUUGUCUGGGAAAACCCUGUAUCAGUUAGGAAUGUUUUGGUUGCAAGUAACAGAAAGUGACUCCCCCCCAAAAAACAAAACAAAACAAAACAAAACAAAAAAACCCCAAAACCCAAAAACAAAUAAAAGUUUAUUUUUCUUAUUAACCAGAGUUUAGAGGUUACCAGUUUCACCAAGCAUGUCAGGUUAAUUUUAGCUUCUCUGGCCUUGUCUUUGUAUUUCCUAGAUGCUGGGGAUCCCUGGCUUUUUGUUUAUGUUUAAGAAUGAGGCACUUCAUGGCUGACUAAGAGAGAGCUCUCACAGCUCUGGGCAUUAUCAGGGGGAAGGAAAGACAGGUGCCAUCAUUUCUGACCUUUUAUCAGAAAAACAAAAGUCUGUCCAGAUGUCCUUUGCAAACUUCUGCCUGAAGUCUCAUUGGCCAGUAUGUCUCUCACUGGUUGCCAGUUGCAGGGAAGUGGACUUUUCUACUUCGUAUGGGGAGAGGACAAAGGAGUCAACUGUGUUCCACAAGCCUCCUUAACUAACUUUCCUUGUUAUUUCUCCCCACCCCAGGUCUGGUUUAUUUCAAGAUCAGCAGUAGUAGGACAGUAGUAAUGGGGAAUGGAAGGGAGAGUAAACUCAUAUGAUGUUUCCCCAUGGUUACCUCUCCAUUUUCUCCCCACAGUGUUGGUGGCUUACUGAGCCCCAGCCCUAUUUUCAAGGCAGCAGAAACCAGUCCGAGGCUCUUACUCAGAGGCUCUUCCUUCUCUUACUCAUGGCACACCAUCCUGGCUCAUGCAGUAACAUGGCCAGGAGUCUCCAAAUCUGGCUUUUUUUUCAGAAAUGUUGGUGAGCCUUACUUCAAAACUUUGUGUGUCCCAACACCCCGUUAGUAUCUACAUGUGGCUUUGUCGUUUCUUACCGAAAAUAGUUGAAAAUAUGAGCGGGAAUUCAUAGAAGGGAUCUUCUUUACCCCGUGUCCUUAAGCUGAUUGUUAGCAGAAAAUAUCUUACAGAAUGCAAAAGGAUUGUGUGCUUGUAUCAGAAAUGCAUUGUUUCACAGAGGAGCAAGAAAGAGAGAAAUCCUGGUUAGAAGCACCAAGAUGACAAAAGUAAAAAGCAAGAGAUAAUAUCAUUCUCUGGGACCUGUAGGGGGAAGAUAGAAGGUGAUCAGAGAGAUAUUUCAGAAUGAAGAAAUGUCUGUGGGGGUGGUAGUGUUAUAUUGUCAAGAGGCUCAGCCUUUCCACAGCCCCCCACCACAUUUCUUGCCCCUUAAAUCUUGCCUUCCAGCCUCAUACUUCUUGAAUUUUGUCCCAGACCCUAGGAACUACCUUCAGUGACUUGGACCUGAGGUUGUCCCUACUUCUGCUGCCUGGGAGGCAAGGGGAAGGGCAAUUCCUGAUCACACAAAAGUAGGGAGAAAGGUGUUUUCCUAAUUUCCCAAGUUGGACUUUUAGAGCCUUUUCCCAUAGAAACAAUUACUAGUGAUGGUCAAGGUUUACAGUAUGAUUGGUAUAGAAAUACCUGUUAAGUACAGGAAGGAGUUUUGGGAAAUAUCCUUAAAAUUUCCACCAGCCACCUUGUCAGUGAACUUUGGGAACAUGAUUUGUUUACAUAUUGGCACUGCUUAUCAGAUACUCUGCUUUUGUCACUAAUACCUUGAAAGAGUAGUCUCACUAUUUCCAUUUAUUCUCAUGGGGUUUUUAGAGAGAAGUCUGUAGAAGUUUGAUGUCAGUAGCUAUAGAAAGGUCUUUGCUCUACUAUAUAGUUGAGGUUGCAAAAUAUCUUUGAAAAUUAGGGCUUUAAUGUAGGAUACAUAGCUGGUAAAUCAAUUAUUUUAUGACAACUACUCGGAGAUCCAAGUAUAACAUUUUUUUUUUUCAGAAAGGUUGGUUAGUAGUAUUAAAAAUGAAAAUGGCUGGUAUUGAAAACCAUAAUACCUCCCUCAGCCAAGUCAUAGGCCCUAGUGUGUGAUUUAUAGUAGUAGACAGGAUAGACUAGAUUAUGAUGCAAUAACAAACUACUCAUCAAUCUCAAUGGCUUACAGCAACAUUUAUUCAUUGCUCACUUAUGCUGUGUAUGAUGGAUAGGUCAUAACUUCAUGUCUUCUUCACUCUGGAACCCUGGCACAUGGAGCAGACACUAUCUGGGACAUUGUCCAUUACAUGGCUGAGGGAAAACAGAUGGUGAACAACAAGCUGGCUCUUAAAAGCUCCCAUCCACAUUUAAUUGAUCAAAGCGAGACACACACCAUCCCUGAGCUCAACAGGACAAAGAUGUAGAGUCUUCCCACAGCCACAGGCAGUGACUAUUUUGCACAAUAAUAUAAGUUACCACACUAAUGUUUUUACUUUAAUCCCGGAUGCAUAUAGAAACUACAAUGUCCAGACCGGUCCUCUCUCCAACCCGCAUCAAUGCUACAGCUUCAGAAACAUUAACAGUACUUCAGCAAAGGAUGAAAAUAGUUGAGGAACAGACCAGUUCUCUGAGGGAUGAUCUAAUAAUGUUGGACUUUGGUGAAAAAAGAGGCCAACUGGAAACUGCAAACUCUUUAGAAGCCACUUUAAGCCAGAAAUCGAUUAGUCCUAUCCAGAAUCAAGUAAGUUGUUCAGGAAAAACAGAUAUUUUAUGGAAGAACUGCGAGUUUCUGGUAAAUCGAAUGUGCCGUCUGGAAAGCCUCAUUCAGUCCCUGAAGAUGAACAUCUUCCGUCUGCAGACUGAAAAGGACUUGAGUCCACAGCAAACAGCUUUUCUAAAGGAUCGUCUGAAUACAAUACAGGAAGAGCAUUCCAAGGAUGUGAAGCUGUUGCAUCUAGAAGUGAUGAAUUUACGGCAGCAACUGAAAGAUGUAAAAGAGGAAGAAGACAAGGCACAAGAUGAAGUGCAAAGGUUGACUACUACUCUGGAGAUUGCCUCAGAGACGAAGAAGAACGCAGCCAUUAUUGAGGAAGAACUGAAGACCACAAAACGUAAAUUGAACCUUAAAAUUCAGGAGCUAAGGAGACAGCUGGCUCAGGAGAAGCAUCUAAGGGAAUCUUUUGAGAAAUCUGGAUCAGCCAUGCUACUCAAAAUACAAGAAAUGGAAUCAACAGUGGAGGUAGAACGGAAACAGGUGCAAGUUUUGCAGGAAAACUGCAUUGCCCUACGAAAUUCUAUACAGACUACGCAAGAACUAUUGGUACAGGAGCAACAAAGAAAAGAUUUGCAAACUGCUACCUCACAGCUCAAGUCUGAUCUAAUUUCUAGAAAUGACAUCAUUUCCAAGUUGGUUGAAGAAAAUAAGAAGGUACAGAUGUCUUUCAACAAGGAACACGAAGAAAAUGCCUAUUUGAAGUCUCAAAUAAUAUCCCUUCAUGAAUCAUCAGAAAAAGCACAGGUUUUAAACGAUCAACUGACUCAAAAAUGUUCAGAGCUGAGCAGUAUGCUUCAGACUGUUAGCAUGGAGAAUGCCAGAAUCAUUGCUGACCAUCAAGCCAUCCUGAAGGUAGAACAGAAAAUGAUGACGCAGACAUUUCAAGAACAAAACUUACUACUGGAUGCAGCCCAUGCCAGUAUCACAAGUGAACUACAGACUGUUCAGAAUGAGAAAUCCCAACUUCAGGCACAUCUAGACCAUUUAAUCCAUGAGCAUAACCAGUGUAUCCAGAAAGCAGAGGAUGCUGAGAAGAGGACAGCUGCACAAAAAGAGCUGCUAGAAUCAACUAUUGCAAGAUUGCGAGGUGAAUUGGAGUCAUCAAUAAAAGAGAAGAUGUCUUUGCUAGAGGAGAAAGAAAGACUUCAGAUAGAGGUUAAGAAAACACAGACAGAAACAGCACAAGAAAAAUACAAUUUGGAAAUGGAAUUAGCAAAAAACAAGGUGGACAUGAAUGCAUUAGCCCAUAACCUGCAGCUUAUAGAGGAGGAGAAUAAGCAGCUGACAGAUCAAAUGGCUUCCCUAGAACAUCAGCGAGUCCCUUCUGAUUACCAUGGGCUUGCCCAGCAGAGUGUGGAAAAAACCCUGGGAAAAGUUACUGAGAGUAAAAAUAAACUGGCCUAUGAAAAGGGAAAACUCCAGGUAAAAGUUAAACAGCUAGAAGAACAACUACAUUCCCUUUCUGACACCAGUUUACAGAAUGACCAGCUAUGCAAGAUGAACAAGGCGCUGGAGACCAAAUAUGCUCAGGCAAAAUCAGAACUCAGUGCCAACAAAGUACACCUGCAACAGACAGAAGCUCAACUGAAAGAGGUGAAAUCCAUCCUUGAAAAGAAUGAAGAGGAACUCUCCCGAGCAGUGAGGUGUCGUGAUGCAGCCCUGAAAGAGAGUCAGAAAUUGAAAGGAGAUCUUGAGAUUUUGGAGGACAGGGAAAACAAGAAGGUGGGAAACUUUCAGCGACAAUUGGCAGAGGCUAAGGAAGACAACUGCAAAGUUACAAUCAUGUUGGAGAAUGUGCUGGCUUCUCACAGUAAGAUGCAAGGUGCUCUGGAAAAAGUACAAAUAGAGCUUGGGCGGAGGGAUUCAGAGAUUGCAGGCCUCAAAAAAGAAAGGUCUCUAAAUCAACAGAGGGUACAGAAGCUAGAAGCAGAAGUGGACCAGUGGCAGGCCAAAAUGCUUGUUGUGGAUGCCCAGCACAACAGUGAGAUGGAGCUUCUACAAAAAGCUCUAGAGGUAGCUAGAGAAGACAACAGGAAACUGGCUUUGAGCCUGGAGCAAGCUCUUCAGACAAAUAAUCAUCUACAAACAAAGCUUGAUCACACUCAAGAGAAACUAGAAAGCAGAGAACUUGAGCAACAGAAUUUGGAAACCUUCAAGGAACACAUGGCUGAAGAAUCCAAAAUGGAAGCUGAAUUGCAUGCUGAACGCAUAGAAGCUCUAAGGAAGCAGUUUCAAACUGAGAGAGAAACUGCAAAGAAAGCAUCACAACGGGAAACAGCUGAGCUGAAGAAAGCCCUUGACGAAGCCAACUUCAGAUCAGUGGAAGUGUCCCGGACCAACCGAGAGCUGCGACAAAAAAUAACAGAGCUGGAAAAAAUACUGAACAGUAACAAGGAGAAAAUGAAGAACCAAAAGGCUCAAAUUAAACACUACUUGUCGGCCAAGGCGAAUAAUGCUCAGAAUAUAGAAAGGAUGAAGCAAAUAGAAGCAGAAUUGAGGCAAAUGGAGCUAAUUAAAGAUCAAUAUCAGAAAAAGAACUAUGAACAGUCAUUGAGUAUCCAGAAAUUUGUAUCUGAGAUGACCAACCUGCAGAAAGAGAUGCACCUGUUGGCCAGGAGCCAGUAUGAUGCCUCAGCACGGAAUAAACAGCAAGAGAUCCAACUGGAGGCCGAGCGGAAAAUAAGGCAGGAACUAGAGAAAAGGUGCCAGGAACUAGAAGAAACUGUCAGACAUCUGAAGAAAUGUAAAGAGGCAACAGAGAAUAAACUGAAAGAAGCCAGUGUGGAAUCAGAACAGAUAACAGCUAACCUAGAAGAAGCUCACCGGUGGUUUAAGUGCAGGUUUGAUGGUCUCCAACUUGAGCUGACAAAAAACCGGUUGCAGAGGCUUCCCCGGGAAGACAGGCGGCGGGAAGAGGACCAAGAUAUAAGACAGGAUGUUGUACCCAAGCAGUCUGCUCUACAUCGAUGGGAGACAAAACAAAAUCUUAGGUUCAUGUCCAAGAAGUACCAGCCUGAGGUAGAGAGGAAGUAAUGUCCUUGACUGAGGAGCUUCUCCAUUGAUGGCUACAAGUCAUUCUGUGAGCCUAGCAACUAGGGCUGGCCCAUUUCUACAGUCAUCAAAAUGUGAAGCCUUUGAUGUGGGCUGAAGAUUCUGGAUCUGAGUUUAUCCUUUUAUGGACUCUCUCAUAUCAAUACAGAACUACCCCAUCUUUUUUGUCCCUUUCCCUAUUUUUCAUCCAAUAAAUUUAUAUUAAUUUGUUGUA